UUUAACUACUCGAUAAUAAUCAAAUGUUGAUAUUAUUAUUUUAUUGUUUAUCUUUAACAAAAGGAUUAUCUCCAUUAGUAUGUGGAGAUGCUAUUUAAGAAAAAGAUUGUUUAGAUGUUUUAAAUGGAAUGUAUUUUAUAAUAAUAUUUAGAUAUUAAUGCAAAUGGACAGUAAAUGGAUGUGUCAAUAUGAAAUGUGAAUUGGCUACACCUCCUUGUGAUCAAUUAAUUUAUGAGAAAAAAGCUUGUUCAACAAGCGGAACUAAUUGCGUUACAGUUUCAUAAUGUUCAGAAAUUGAUAACUAAAAGUCUUGUGAGGUUGUAAAAGCUGGUGGUAGAGAUUGUAUGUGGGAUACAAAUUGUAGAAUAAAAUAAUGUUCUGAUUAUGAUUAACCAAAUUGUAAAAUAUCAAAUGGAGAUUAUUGUAUUUUUAAGGAUGGUAUAUGUCAGAAGCUAGAAUUAUGCACUGAUGUAUCUACAAAGGAAUUGUGUUAGAGUAUUGAUUUAAAAGAUUAAUGUGGAUGGAUAGAAAAUAAAUGCGAUAUUUUUGAUUGCCAAAAAUUUAAAAAUUCAGAAGAAUGUUUUUCUGCUGUAUUAAACAAUUAAACAUGUUUUAAUGGAGCUACUGAUAAUACCGUUGUUGAUUGUAUGAGUUGUUAAAAUCUAAAAACUUAAUGUGAUUGUCAAAAGUAUACUCUUUAUGGUUGUAGAUGGUAAGUUGAUACAUUAACUUGCUUUACUUAAAAGUAUUAAUUAAUUAAAAAAUAGAUGUGAAGAUUUUGAAGAUACAAUCUCUUGUGCAUAAUCUUUUGAUGGAUUAACUUGCAUUUGGUAUAAUCCCUUAAAUUAAUGUAAAUCAAUUGUCAAAGCAAAUGAAUUAGAUAGAUAAUGUGAUUUAUAUGCUUUCAGUCAGACUAUAAUAGUGGGGUUUCUAAUUUGGAUGAUCUAUAUAUGA